UACCACCCUUUGUAGAUCGCUAAAUUGUAUGUUACUCUUUAUCUACGGACUAAGGUGGUUUGUCUAUCUUGCUUUGUUUGUACCUUAGUCCUUAAUCUUAAUUCAAUGAGCAGUGCAUUAUGAAAAUUGAGAUUUGGAAAUUGAGUGCGAAUGAGUGUGGCUUUUGAACAUCAGUCAUAUAUAUGAAAAAAAAAAAUAGUUUUCGAGUUUCGACGUGGGUUUUUAAAGAUAUAGUCAAGUGCUAACACAGCUAAUUAUAUUUAAAACAACUCGACCCAUUUGGCAAUAACUCAAUAAGUUCUUUUGCAAAAUAUUUGUAUCAAAAAUCAUGAUGGACGACAGUGGUAUUGAUAGCGACACAACUAAACGCCACACAAUGACUAUAGAAGAAAAGAUCAUGAACAGUGACGAAGACAGCAAUACAAGUGAUUGCUCAAUGAGGGUUACUAAACCAUCAUUUUUCCAAAAAAAACUAGAACAAUACGCCAAACCUGGUCUAAUGGAAUAUAACCAAAUGGCAGUGCCAUCGAGUAAAUCUACAAAGUCGGAAAAAUUACCCGUGUUAGUAGAUUGGGACUCAUCAGACAGUGAAAUCGAAAUUAGUUUCUUUCCUGGACCUAAAAGCAGACAAACACUUAGUGAUACUUUCAGUUUACAAGAGUUCCAUGGCUCUAUUGAAUCAGAGGAUUUAGAUUUAAUACCGCCGCAACAAACCAUAAAAAAUGAUAAUCAGUGUUGUACCUUGUUUUUACAAAGAUGUUCAAUCCUUUGAAAUUAUUGAACUUUGUUUAUAUUAACCAAAUACUUAAUUGUUCAUAUCCAAUACAUUAUUAUAUUAUUACUAUUAUUAUUAAGGUCUUUGGACGAUAAUAUUCUCCAUAUUAUAUCAUUAUAAUAUCAUCCUGCUCUAGUGAUUGUGACUGACGUUUGACUUUCCAAUGACCAAUAAUUAUGUUAAAAAUCAAUUUAAUAGAAGGAGAAAUUGUAUUCAAUGUAUUAAUAAUUUAAUUUAUUUACAAUUUUUUCAAUAUUAAAUAUUAUAAGUUGGUAC